GAAUGAUAUUUUUGUGUUCCUGUUAAGCACAAGAGCUGGAGGCUUGGGCAUUAACCUUACAGCUGCAGAUACGGUGAUUUUCUAUGACAGUGACUGGAACCCAACAGUAGACCAGCAGGCCAUGGACCGGGCACACAGGCUGGGCCAGACCAAGCAGGUCACUGUGUACAGGCUGAUCUGUAAAGGCACCAUCGAGGAGCGCAUCCUACAGAGGGCCAAGGAAAAGAGUGAGAUCCAACGAAUGGUGAUCUCGGGUGGCAAUUUCAAACCUGACACCUUGAAGCCAAAAGAGGUGGUCAGCCUUCUGCUGGAUGAUGAGGAACUAGAAAAGAAAUUGCGGCAGCGUCAGGAGGAGAAGCGACAGCAAGAGGAAACAAACCGUGUGAAGGAGCGAAAACGUAAAAGGGAGAAAUAUGCUGAAAAGAAGAAGAAGGAGGAUGAAUUGGAUGGGAAGAGGAAGAAAGAGAGCAUGAACCUUGUGAUCCCAUUUGUUCCCUCAGCUGAUAACUCCAACCUGUCUGCUGACGGGGACGACUCCUUCGUUAGUGUAGACUCAGCCAUGCCAAGCCCCUUCAGUGAGAUAUCCAUUAACAGUGAGUUACACAUGGGCUCUAUCCCUCCCGACGAGAGCAGCAGUGAUAUGCUCGUCAUUGUGGAUGAUCCAGCUUCUUCAGCACCACAGUCGAGGGCAACAAACUCUCCUGCUUCCAUUACUGGCUCAGUGUCAGAUACCAUGAAUG